UGGUUUUUGGUCACUUAGAACCUUCAAAGUGUUUUUUAAAAUUAAAAUUAAAACAUAAUGGUUUUGCUUUCUAAAAGGAACUGGCUUAAUGAAAACCAUUAGACACCACUAGUCUCCUGUAGGACAACUUUAGGUCCCAUUAGGAACCAGUCUGGAAUCAGAGCACCUGUUAAACAGUGAAGAGUCCUUCACACUGUGAUAUUGAAGCGGGUCGUGAAGUAAGGAGGCUCAAGUUAGUGGAGAAUCCCGCGGAGGGAAAACUUUUAUUUCACGAGACAAAAACGAAACUUAACUCGCUUCCAAAACAACAACUGAACUACUACCAACUAGUAUCCCCCCGCUCGAGUCUCUUAAAGGGCUAGACCCCGUUGAGUGACUUAACGCCUGUCCGUUGCGGAUUCGCUCCAGUCGCGAGUAGUAGCCCCUACAAUAUCAACCACCAGGAAAACACAGAAUACCAUUAGAGAGCAGAACUUUCAGUGGUUUCUAUUUUCAGCUCUUAUUCUUCUGGCUAGAAACUACUGAAGCAGAGCCAAAGCUGUCUGUCUGUCUGUUUAUGCACCGCCCCCAGAACUCUCAGCAGUAUUUUAAUCGCUGCACUGCGGAGGAACACGGACACACGGACAAACAGACACACGGACUCACGCAGCGAACAUGCACAGAGAAGCUUCUCGGAGAAAGCGCUGUCUGCUCUUGGGAGUGGUGGUGGUGGUGGUGGUCGUGGUGGUGGUGGUGGUGGUGGUCGUGGUCCUCGCGAUUGUGUUGGGACUGACACUGACUCGCUACUCGGACCAUCUGAGGAGCACCGUGAUCGGCAGAUGUGAAUCGUUCCUAAAGAAACACACAGACGUGUCUCGAGUGAAUGACUGUGAGAGGAUCUGGGGGGCAUUCGAGGAGGCCUACGUGGGGAAGGAUCCGUGUGAAGUUCCUGCCGAGGCAUACGACCCUCUAAUAAGCUCCGUUACACAGCACGUCAUCUGUGGCACUAUGUUGUUCUGGAGCAAAACUAAAGCUUUGGCUCACGCAUUUACGGACAACAGAGAAUGCCUGGUGACUUUGGAGGACACGCUGCUCGGGUUCGUAUUUGAUGAACUGACUUGGUGCAGCAAAAAUGGCAGUAAAGAAACCUUCACUACAGACUGUCCUGGUUGGUCAGAGUGUCAGAACAACCCAGUCCGCUCUUUCUGGAUCAGGGCUUCUGCUAACUUUGCAGCAACAUCAUGUGGGAAUGUGUCUGCGAUGCUCAAUGGAUCCCUGGAGUCCCCGUUCAGUUCCACCAGUGUGUUUGGAAGCGUAGAAGUGAAGAGUCUUGACCCAAAUAAAGUGGAUGAUUUGACCAUCUUACUCGUCACCAAGGAAACAGACACGACCACGUGUGCCAGUUCUUCAUUCCAGAGUCUACGAAGUGCUUUGGAUCCAAAGAUUGCAUACAACUGCAGAGAAGUUCCUUAUAACAGAGUUGAAAACUGCAUUUCUGAUCCAGAGAUUCCAUGCAGCGAUUGCUUAUGAGACUUUGCUCAGCGUCCAGAGAGAACUCCAGGAGAUCAGGCCCGGUCAGGAGUCCUGCAGCUGAACCUUUGCUAAAGAAGGAAAAAUCUGAACACGGAUCUAAUUUUAAUCCAGCACUUACAAAACUACUGCAUACACAGUCCUAACAGUGUGUUUUGUACUUACUUUUUAUAAUGUCAGUUUUUGGACUAUGACCUCAGAUAUGCCUGGGUAAAUUGUUUUUAUUUUUUGCCAUAUAAUAAUAAUAAUAAUAAUAAUAAUAGUUCCUGUAUAGUGUCAGAAAUUGUGAAAUAUAAACAUUUGUUAAUUAACGCGUCAGUAUGGUCUAACUCAGGGGUGUAGUUAUGGGUAGGCCCAGACUGAUCACACGUCUACCCAAACAAAUGGACAAACAAUAUAUAAAUAUAAGAAUAUAUAAAUGUAUUUCAAGAUGUGACAGCAAUCAAACAAUCAAAUUAUCAUACUCUCCGCCAAGCUCUGCCUUAUUUUCUUAAACCUCCAGUCAAUUAACCGCACAUUAACUGUUGCUAUCCACCACUGCCUCAUACCUUCAGCACGUUAUCUGUGUGCCAGUGUUUAAAUUGAAGCUUCAGUUGAGGUUAAAAGGUAACUGGGUAAAAAAUUACUGGGGAUGCUUAAAACAUGAGAUUCUGUCCUGUAGAGUACGUAGAUUUCUACCCAUCCAAAGCCAAAAACAGGGCUUGUCAGUUUUCUGUUGUCAGUUUUUCUACAAAGACUGAAAACUAAUUUUACUUCAAUGAAUCAAAGGUAAGACAUAAAUGCCUGCAGUGGUGAUAUGUUGUUGGUUCUAAUGAUUAGGAUUAGGAUUUUAGCUCUGACUUCUAUUGUGUUUGCAUAUCUCAGCUGUCUUUUAUCUGAGUUAUGCCAUGUUCUUCUGGUCUGCCUGCUGUGGCAGUAUAUAGUACUGUAAUAAUAAUAAUAUUACAUAAUAAUAGUUUUGAAUUUGUUGUCUGCUGUGUUAUUUUUCCUUGUCUUUAUUUGUUUCAGCCAUUUUAAAAAAUUGUUAGUUAUGUCAGUUUCUUUAGGCAGACCUGCCUGUGUUGAGCAGACACAUGCCUCAUGUACUUCACGGUAAAGGGUGAUGCAGUUUUGGGUACAUGUGAAUACAGGAUUCUGAUUGAGUGCCCGAAUGUGGUGAAAUGACCUCAGGGUGGUAGUGUUUAAAUAAACAGGGAGUUGAUUGCACUGCAGUCAGGAAUAAGGUACAGACUGAUAUAAUGCCAUUGCAGGAUGUUUGCGCUUGAAGUUGUAUCUUCCAAACUAGACUACCCACUUUAUGUAUUUCCGCCCAUACCAGUGGUCUAAUCUGUUAAUAUUAAAAAAUGUUUCAAUAA